CUUAGAAGCUAGAGGACGCUUCUACGUUUUUUUUUAUGCGUAAUUAUUGUUCUGAAAAUGGCAGCAACAAGACGUUUACAAAAGGAACUACAGGAUUUAAGGAAAUCAGCAAUGAAGUCAUUCAGAAAUAUACAUGUAGAAGAAACCAAUAUCUUAAUAUGGCAAGGUCUAAUUUUGCCUGAGAAUCCACCAUAUAACAAGGGAGCUUUCCGCAUUGAAAUUAUAUUUCCUGCAGAAUACCCAUUUAAACCCCCAAAAAUCAUAUUUCGUACAAAGAUUUAUCAUCCAAACAUUGAUGAAAAGGGCCAAGUAUGCCUACCCAUCAUAAGUGCUGAAAAUUGGAAACCAGCCACAAAAACAGAUCAAGUGGUUCAAGCACUAGUAGCUUUAGUCAAUGAUCCAGAACCUGAACACCCGCUAAGAGCAGACUUAGCUGAAGAGUUUACCAAGGACAAGAAAAAGUUUUUCAAGAGUGCUGAGGAAUUUACAAAGAAGUUUUCAGAGAAACGGCCAGCAGAGUAACUAUAAUUUUAUCUUUAUUUUUUAUUAUUAUUAUUAAGUAUUACACACCAGAAUAACACUAAAAACAAAGAAUGGUAGCAUGUAUAGUGUGCUAAGUAAUGUAUACAAAAAUUAACAUCAACUCACCAGCACCAAAAGUAAAAUAUAUUAAAGAUGUAGCUGGUUAGUUUUUUGUUUAAUGACUGAACUUAUCCCAAGUGUUGGAACUUGGAUAAUAAUGUAUAUUGAGCUUUUAAAGCCAAAGAAAGUUCCUCUUAUAUAUUUUUGUCACAAGUGCUUUUCGUUAUUUUAGCUAUUUUAUGUAGAAUACAUCAAGAUUUAUGUAUUUGUGAAAAAUAAGUUGAUCAUUAGCUAAGUGUGUGUGUGUUGUUAGUAAAACUAAAAUCGUAACAGUGAAGAAAUCAUUUAUACAGUUUAAUCCACUGUAAACAUUUUUUUAAAUAAGUCUGGUGAAAAAUAUACAUUUAUUCCAUUUUUUUUCUUUUAAAGUUAUUAAUAACAAAUAUGUGAUAUUACUUGUAUCUGAUCUCAUUUUAUCUCAAUAUCCUGGAUAAGUUAUAAGUUCAAGGUGUGUGUAGAUUAAAGACAUGUGGAAAAAAUAUUAGCCAUACUUUAAAGUUUUAUACUAAUAACCUGCACAAAUCAAAUUUUGUAACAACCCUAAAAAAAUGUCUGGAAACUGCAAAGUAAAAGCUUUAAGCAAUCCUUAUUACUCAAAAUAAUGACUUUUCAAUGUAAUUUAGUAUUGUUCCAGUGUGUCCUAAAUUAUUUGAGUUUUUAUAGUGUAAAUAGAAACUAGUAUAGUGCUCAAGAGUAGAAAAUCCAAUAUAGGACAUUAUAUGUUAUUUAUGCUUUUAUUGUAACAUAUUCUCGCAAAAAGUACAUUGUACAAGUAUACUUAAAUCAAAUACCUUGGUUUACAGCAAAAUAAAAACAUGAUUUAAACUGAAAAAAUUUCAUAACAUUGUACAUUCAAACUCCAAAAAUAAGUAUUCUUUCCUUUGAAAAAAUAAUUUUUCUUACUUGUAUAAAAAGUACCUUACAUUGAUCUGUGACAACCAUUAUUCUGAACAAAAAUGUUCGAGAUCAUGAAAGAUGAAUUGAAGUAUCAAGAUGGAUUUGUAAUUAUUACUGUUGCAUUAUAUCUCUUCAUUUACUCUGAAGUCUGAAAUAUGUUUAAAAUAUUUAACAAGUCGGAGCUGUAAAGGCCACAAAGAAGAAUGUAAUAUUAGUUUUUUAUGUUUAUAUUGCAGAUUAAAGCUAAAUUGCCUUCA